GCACCCGCUGCCGUAGGCAACGACAGCAUCUUUGAGUAUAAAUGGGACUUUGGUGGCCAUCAGCCGGCACACUCUCAGUCGCUCCGACUCGGGAACCAGGGCAUCAGCGGAGAUAGCAGGCUUUACUUCGCCCUUUCAGGCUAACUCGCUUUGGGCUUUGGUUCAGGAUGGACAACUCUUUUCUUUCUCGGAGCCGACGGAGCUCCUUCAUGCGCAACUGCAAAAGUGGCCUCUCGCUGUGGCUGGUGGUGUGGCUGGUCCUCGGUAAGCCGAACCCGGCAUCGGCGUGCCCGCACCGCUGCGUGUGCUACCCGACGCCCAUGACCGUGAGCUGUCAGGCGCAGAACUUCACCACCGUCCCGGUCGGAGUGCCGUACGAGUCGCAGCGCGUGUUCCUGCAGAACAACCGGAUCACGGAGCUCAGAGUUGGUUCUUUUGGCUUUGGAACUCAGGUUCUGUGGCUUUUCUCGAACAACAUCACAUGGAUUGAGGCAGGGGCUUUCAGUGAGCUGAGGGACUUGGAGGAGUUGGACCUGGGGGACAACCCUAACCUUCACAGGCUGGAGGGGGGAGCUUUCCGCGGACUUGAGAAGCUCCAGAGCCUCCACAUGCACCGCUGUCGUCUCACUGCCCUGCCCCAUGACAUCUUCCACAAGCUCUACAGCCUGCAGUUCCUCUACCUGCAGGAGAAUAAUCUCCAUUUCCUGCAGGAUGACAUCUUUUCUGACCUCAUCAACCUGAGCCAGCUGUUUCUGCAUGGCAACCGCAUCCGUACCCUCUCAGAGAACGUGUUUCGUGGCUUGGUUAACCUUGAUCGUCUCCUGCUACACGACAACCGCAUCAGGCAGGUGAACCGCCGCGCCUUCCGUGACCUCGGCCGCUUGACCAUGCUCUUCCUCUUCAACAACUCUCUGGCUGAGAUCCCCAGCCAGACGCUGAGGGACACCCAAGGCAUCGAAUUCCUCCGUCUCAACGCUAACCCAUGGUCAUGCGGCUGUGAGGCCCGUGCCCUGUGGGAGUGGUUCCGUGAGGCUCGUGUCUCUUCCUCAGAAGUCAUUUGUGCCUCCCCUUCAACUCGUCGCGGCCAGGAUCUUCGCUUCCUUCGUGAGAUGGACUUUGCCCUUUGCCCCCUGCCUGAUCCAGGCUCCAUUGGUGGCUCCACAACCACCACCUUCAGCACAAAAACCCGCUGGUGGUUCCACAAAAACAAGCCCCAGUCCUCCACUAAAGGUGUCUUCGAGAAAGCCUCUGAAACAGUCAAGGCUGGUUUGUACGGGAAAGGCCCAUCCACAACCACUUCAGUAGUUAAGUAUGAGCUUGGGGAGGAAGAGCUGGCACUGCCCAAACUUGAUCCAGAAGAGUACUGGGCAAACUAUGGCAAUGAGGACUCAGGUGUCACGUUGAGGUGCUUCGAGCUCGAAUGUCCACCUGAGUUUGACUUGCCACCUUCUUCCUCUACCCCCAGAAGCUCAUGGCCUUCUUCUUUUCUAUUACUAGCCCUCUCUGUCUUUACCCUUUACCUCAACACCCACCUACUAUUUGGCUGAAUCAGAUAGUUUUCACAACUUUCCUUACAGCCUGUUUUAAAGGCUGGGGAGAUGAUUGUUAGACUGUCUGUACCCCCUUUGCCCACUCUACUGUACCCAAAUGCUUAAGGAACAGUAUGGGAGAUGGGGGGUUGGCUAGAUCCCGAAUCUGCCACCUAUAGGGCUUAACACUGUCAGGGCUGCUAACUUCAGCUCUCAUCCCAUAUAUCUACAAUCCUUAACAGGUAUGGGGUUUGUGUGUCCAUCCUGUAUGUUCUUACAAGUCCCUGCCAGCAGGGGGUUGAGGGCUCAGUGCAUCACAUCUGUGAAUGAAAUUUGAUAGCAGCCGUAAACGAUGUGUCAUUUCUGUCACGUCAGCUUAGUCAAAACUGUUAGUGGACUUAGUGCAUCCAUUCACCUGGUUGCUACAAAACACUUCAAUUACUGUUAGAGUCAGUGCGCAGUAAUUACUAUACUGUAACCACUUAAAGUGUUGUGUAAAUAGGUAUGUAUUCUGUGAAUGUCGAGAGUGUCUGUCAGUCCCUUAGAGUCACUUUCGUUGAGAUCCAGUAAAACUGUGAAGGCUUGUGCUUUCAAACGAGUGCCAUGCACAUCCCAGGGAUGAAAACAGAGAGGCGUUCCAAGAAGAGCUAGUCUGGAAAGAGGAAUAGAAGAACUAAAAGGCUGGCAAGAAAUCUUAUUUUCAAAGAAAAGUGAGAGUGACAGGAAAAAGAAAAACGGAUGUCCAUGCAGCAAUAAGGAAACAGGGAGCACAGAUAGAGAAGUUUGGUGAUAGAAGCAGCAAGUAAUAAAUCCAGUUCUUGGUGGAUGUUCAGCUCACAGCCUUCAUCACUACCUGUAAAUCUUGUGUUGUUUUGCGACAACUACAUGGAGAGAAUGCUUCCUGUCAGGAAGCCAGAGAUUUUGCUUUUUGAAUGUCUUUCUGUGACAUAUUGAUACAAUGUGUAAUUAUUGUUGACUUGAAUGCAGAUGGAGAUCUUGAUAAAAUAAUAUGACACUGAAUAUUUUCCUACAUUAUGUUUCUUUUUGGUAUGAAUGAGUUUGAAUCAAAAAAAAAAGUCCAAACAAAGAACAAAAAAAUCCUCAGAAAACUGUUGCUGGCUGCGGCUGUGUGAUUAGGUUGUGAUUAAACAGCUUGCGAACUAAAAUGGCCGACCACAUGGUCACACCGAGUGGCUAAGACUUUUGAUGGGCAUCCAUAUCUGUGUACACGCAGAUUACAAGUUGCCUCACAAGCUGGCAAUGCUGCAAAAGGCAAAUACGUCAGUAAGAUUAUCACUCCUCUGACUCAAAUAUGGGAGAUGCCAAAUGGACAGACGGGUCGAAAAUUGGCUGCUUUGUGAAUACACCAAGAGAGCAAUGACGGAGCCUGGAGCCACAGAAAGGGCAGAAGAUAAAUUUAGACUCUGAUUGAUGCACUAAUGAAGCAAAAGAGGUAAUUUGAUCUAACAUGGGAGCGGCCAAGAAGAUCAAACUUGCAGAAAAUUGGUAACGCUGAGGCUGCAGAACUGAGAAACAGAAGGAGCUUUCCAAAUUUAGCCAUCAGCUUUCACUAAUUCCAACUACAUUUUUAAAGUCAGACUUUCUAGCUGCAUGUCACAUCUCAGCUCAUUCCUUUAAGCUAUCCUGCUACGCAUUCUGCAGAUCUUUCCCUGUCUCAAGACUAGCACGUGGAUUCUUGAAAACAGGUAUGUGGGAAAGCAGAGAUGGAGUAGGAGUGAAAGAGUGGGCGGUAGAUUCUCUGAUCUACACUUGCAGAUGCAAUGUGAGAGCUCGAUGCAGUAGUCCUUCUUUGGCUCAAACCCUUUUUGGACUUAUCACCACACUUGGAAAUGACUGCAGGAAAUAUUCAGUGCCAUGUGGUUGUUGAGUCUCCGAUUGAGUCUCCUGGAGGAGGUCAAACUGAGCCCGGGUGCUCUUCAGUGGCCAUGGAAGUGAGGUCACUUUCAGACGACCAAAGUGCCAGUUAUACCAAUUUCCACCAGUUUCUUUGUUUGAAAGUCGGCAUGUUUAAAUGUUUUGUAUCUGACACAGAACUAGUAAUGAUUUAUCAUAAAUGAUGGUAUUUGUUAUUUCUUUUUACUGUAAGAAAAAACAUAUUCUUGAAAGAAUAAAUUCAUACUUGUUUUAACAAA